AUGUUUGCGGCCACAGGGACACUGUUUAAUACCUCUGCAAGGCUUGCUAAUGAUGGAAAGUCGCCUCGCUAUGGCCUGGACACUUGGGAGGAAAUGAUGAUGGAGCGCGAUAGGAGGUUAACGGGACGCCUACGAGGGCAAUCGGUCAACACCAAAGCACCCGAGGAAUUUGCUACAAACAGUUCAUGGUACACGUCGCGAGCCGACAAAUGA